ACAGGUGACUCUGGUAAACAAGGUGGUGGUGUCGUUGCGGCGACGUAGGAACAACGCUAGAGUACUCCGGAUCUGAGUGAGCCUAUCAGUGCCUGUCCUGUGUCUUUUUGAGGAAGACUGGUCACCUACCGCGCUUGUGAUACCCACACAGGAAUACCCCAGGGCUUAUAAGAAUCUAUAGGUCUUCGCGGCCCUAACAAAAACAACGCUAGGGUAUCUGCGAUCGGCUUAGCUGUGUGUUUGCGGGGCACCAAAGACUAAGGCAUCACGGCCUGUACAUCCCAAGAGUCGGCGAAGUAACAAACCUUUUUUUAAUACAUCGGGACAACUUUUAGGCAGAGUAGAGGGCUUUCAAGACGUCAAAAUGUCCAGUAAACCACAAAAGAUGCCCAAGGUGGCUAAGGUCAAGGACAAAUCUCCAGCUGAGCUGCAGAUUACAGCUGAACAGCUGCUGCGUGAAGCUAAGGAACGAGAGUUAGAGAUUGUGCCACCACCACCACGGCAGAAAAUAUCUGACCCAGAGGAACUUCAGGAAUACCGACUCAAGAAGCGUCGUGCCUUUGAAGACAACAUACGCAAGAACCGUGGCAACAUAUCAAACUGGAUUAAAUAUGCUAAGUGGGAGGAGGAACAGCAGGAGAUACGUCGUGCUCGGUCAGUGUAUGAGCGAGCUUUGGAUGUGGACCAUCGUAACAUUACUUUGUGGCUUAAGUAUGCCGAGAUGGAGAUGCGGAGUCGCCAAGUGAAUCAUUCCCGCAAUGUGUGGGAUCGGGCAGUCACAAUCCUGCCACGGGCCAACCAGUUCUGGUACAAGUACACUUACAUGGAGGAAAUGCUCAAGAACACUGCAGGUGCCAGGCAGGUGUUUGAACGUUGGAUGGAGUGGGAACCAGAUGAGCAAGCAUGGCUCACAUACAUCAAGUUUGAGAUGCGGUACAAGGAGCUAGACCGUGCAAGACAAAUCUAUGAGCGCUUUGUCCUAGUACACCCAGAACCCAAGAACUGGAUACGUUAUGCACGUUUUGAAGAAACUCACGGCUACAUCCAGGGUGCACGUCGUGUCUUAGAACGUGCUGUGCAGUUCUUUGGAGAUGAACACUUUGAUGAAGGUCUGUAUAUUGCCUUUGCCAAGUUUGAGGAGGGUCAGAGGGAACACGAGCGAGCAAGAGCAGUGUACCGCUAUGCCCUGGAUCACAUGCCCCGUGAACGCUGUCUAGUGCUCUAUAAUGAAUACACAAGGCACGAGAAGAAGCAUGGCGACCGUUCCUCCAUUGAUGCUGUCAUCACCAGCAAGCGAAAGUUUCAAUAUGAGGAAGCAGUGAAAGCCAACCCUCAUGACUAUGAUGCCUGGUUUGACUAUGUCCGCAUGCUGGAGGCUGAUGGUGAUGCAGAUCUAGUAAGGGAGGUUUAUGAGCGUGCCAUUGCCUGUGUUCCACCAAUCAAGGAGAAGAGACAUUGGCGCCGAUACAUUUACUUGUGGAUCUACUAUGCAGUUUAUGAGGAGCUUUGUACCAAGGACAUAGAACGUGCCCGCCAGGUGUAUCAAAUGUGCCUUCGUCUAAUUCCCCACAAAGUGUUCACAUUUGCUGAGCUCUGGCUGCUCUACAGCAAAUUUGAGAUCAGGCAAAAGGAUCUUUUUGCAGCCAGGAAAGCUCUGGGUCAAGCAAUUGGCAUGUGCCCAAAACACAAGCUGUUCAGAGGCUACAUCGACUUAGAGAUCAAGCUUCGUGAGUUUGAUCGGUGUCGGAAGCUGUAUGAGAAGUGGGCAGAGUUUGAUCCUGAAAACUGUAAGAUGUGGAUCCAGUUUGCCACGCUGGAGGCAAUGCUGAAUGACUCUGAGAGGGCACGAGGCAUCUAUGAGCUAGCCAUAUGUCAGCCACGGCUUGACAUGCCAGAGUACAUGUGGAAAUCCUACAUUGACUUUGAG